GAGAUAGAUAGAGAUAGAUAGAUAGAGAUAGUGUAGGAUGAAGAGGAGGGGGAAAAGAGAGAAAGAGAGCGUGUAGGAUAAAAAAGGGAGGGGGAUGGUGAAUGUAAAACUAUUCAGGUUACACCAAAAUGGCGGAACUACUGAGAGGCGAGUGUGGAUGAAAAAAAGUUUUGCUGUACUUUCGACCUGCCUGGGCAAAACGUGAAGCAGUGAAACCGUAAGGCCCCUUUCAUUAGAGAUUAAGUCCUGGAAACUUUUAAGGUUCUAGGUCGUUAAAAUAAAAAAAAAAAAUCAUUUCGUCAAGCAUAUUAGUAUAUCAUAUUUUUAAAAUAAUAUAUAUAUAUUUACGUAUACAUAUAUAAAGAAAAAAAAAAGUAAAAAACAAAAAAAUUAAUAAAAAAAAAUUCUCAAGAAGGCAAAUUUUUUUCCUUCUAACUGACAAAUUGAUUAUAUAUAUAUACAUACAUAUAUAUAUAUACAUAUAUAUAAAUAGAUAUCUGUAUAUAUAUGUAUAUAUAUUUUUAAUUAAUUUGUCAGUUAUUCCUUUUAUAAGAAUGCAUAGUAGUAUCUUCAUUGAAUUACUUGUCUAUGAAUGUGUGGAGAAUUACGUAAAUGGUACAUGGAACUUUGGGCAACAAAAGCAACAGCAGGGUAGAAUUUGUGCAACUGUGUAUACUAAUUGGACAUCUUGGGUCCCAAAGACCAGCGCAAUCUUUUAUGAAUUUCCGGAACAGUACUCAAAGCAGGAUUCAAUAUAUAUAUAGCAAAUAAUUCUUGGUAUAAAUGGCUGUUAUAUAGAUAUUAACGAGCCAAUCUUAAUCGGUCACAUUGACUUCCAACAUAGUUUUUUUCUUUUCUUUCUCUCUCAACUUUUAUAUAAACAUGGAGUCUAGUGUUGACCAAGAGACUGAUGAACAGGCUAAACUAAAGUCCAGUUCAUUGUCCCCUAAAGUUGUGAGACCAAAACUGCCUGCUUUUUCCUCAAGCUUUAGACCAUCCAAAAAUCGCUCUAAAACAGAUCCUGGCAAUGCAGGUGAAAUUAGUCGGGCUGUUCUGGAGGACAUGAAACAAAGAAAACAUAGUCGUCAGCGACUAUCUCGAUCUCAACCGUCGAAAAGUUCCCAAGCACCAACGUCAACUCCCACAUCUCCUGUGACUGAUUCACAGAGAUCAGGAUUUUCUCGAAGACAAAACCGGAGUCUAAAGCUUACAGAGUUAACGGAUAAAUUAAAAUCUGGUCCUAGUUCAAACGAUAUUUCAUGCAACAUUCCAUCAUCCAGCGAUUUGUCGACAGUCGCACCCUACGGUACUUUAAGGAAAAUUCCUAACAUUGAAGACUUCAGUCAAUGUGAGCAAAUUUUAGACUCACCAGACGACAGUCUGUAUGAAAGCGGCAGUCCAAAGAUGCCUGAAGAUUUAUCAAAGAUGGAAUCGGGAGAGGCUGUACCAUAUUAUUCUCAUAAAGAUGCAAAGGAUUCGAUGUCAGAACAAUGUCUAAGUAAACUGGAAAGUUCUUCUGUUUCUUCAGAUUGUUUGCCUUCUCCAGAUGAUAAAUCUUUGGAUGAUGAUGGGACUGGCACCAGUGAAUCAGACACCAGUUCAACAACGAGUGGCCCUUAUAUCUACCAACCUCUGAAUCGUGACUCUGAAUUCUUCAAACUUGCCAAAACUGCUCCACAACGAAGAACUGGUAUAACUACUUUGGCAACACGUAAUAAAGUACAAGCCAUUUUUGGAACUAGCCACCCAAUGCAAUUGGCCAGUUUCCAGCAGCCUGAUGAAGACAAACGUUCCGAAGAACAUUCAGGGGGUCACCCACCUCAACGAUCUGAGUCUGUCCAUGUUCCAGGCUCACAACGAAAAGCCCACCGGUUCAUUAAACAUUCUUCAAAGCAUAAAGCUUCACCAAAAGAGGAAGGCUCAAUUGAUAGUAAUGGAUUUGGUACUUUGAAAUCUGAAGAAGCUUCAGAAAGUGCACCAUCAGACCAAUCUCGAGAUAAUCUCACACUGUUAGCUGCUGGCAGCUGCCAAUCUACGGAUGGUCAAAUAAAUACUGAUGAUGAAGUGCACUUUUCUGAAUAUGCAGAUGAAAAUAUUGUUGUGGAAGUCUCAGACAAUGAAAGAUUUGAAAAGAAAAAUGGAAAACUAACGAAACCAAAGUCAAUAAGUGACCCAAGCGCUGACAAGACCAAAGUUUUGUCCGAAAUUAGCAAAGAAAUAAACUCAUCACAUGCACACAGUUCACCUGUCUUAUCACGUGACAUAACAGAAGAUGGGGGGCCUUUACAGCAAUUCCAAGAAACCAAUAACCCUGAACUUGAACUAAGCCCAUAUUCAGAAAUAGUUCUUCCACAUGCAAGCCCUAAAUCCUCAAACCCAGAGCGCCGUAUAUCUCAAGAAAGCCAAAGAUGUCAAAGCCCAGGCUUGGAAUCGACAAUAGAAGAAGGGGACGAAAAUGAACAGUACCCCGACGAUUCCUUGUUAAAACCUGACAAGUUGAUCUAUAUCGGAUCAUCUGCCCCCACAACGCCUCACAAUCAGUCUCCAACAAGUACCCUUGAACGUCCUCCACACAACCUCUUGAGUGUUCCUAUGACGCGAAAACCCAUUUUAAGAAGUAUGAGUUCAGCCAGUGUUCUUCAACAUGACCGGCGCAUGUUCAACACGGCGAACAAAGACAAGGAUGUUGUUCGUAAAUUUAGUAUAAAUUCUGAUGACUCAAUUCCGGGAAAUAUGAAACCUGGUACAUCGGUGCCAGAGUUUGCUUCACCUCUCAGCGACAAUGGCUCUUAUAUCACUAUAAGCAUGCCAGAUGUCUGGAAACAAAAUGCUAAUGUAUUUGACUCUUCGGAAAAGGUCCAAGCCUACGUUAAGGACAAACGCUACCAUGUUGCCCAAGAACUCUACAGAAAUGAACAGGAAUACGUGGACGCUCUCAGAACUUUAAAAGAGAAAUACAUGAUUCCACUGAAAACCCAGAAGAACUUGGAUGAGAAUACAGUUGCCACUAUAUUUCACAUGGUUCCAGAGAUUCUUACACACCACACCAUCUAUUUAGACUUUCUCAAUAAUGUUUGGGAGAACUGGGACUCCAAGUCAAGCACACUCGGUGAUAUAAUCAUCUGCUUUUUUUCCAAACAGACAGUAUUUGACAGCUAUCUCUCGUUUGUUGAUAAUUACAAGAAAUCGGGCAAUGCUCUUGAAAAUGACUUGCUGACAAAAUCUUCUGUCUCAAAAUUUAUUGAGCAAUGUCAAAGAGAUAGUGGCAGUAAACUUUCUCUGAAAGAUUUGAUUGCAAGACCUAUUCAGCGGAUACCCAGAUAUGAACUGCUAAUACAGCGGCUCCUUGAGAACACCCCUAAAGACCAUCCUGACUCACCGUUACUCAUGCAAGCGGAGAAAGUGAUGCAUGAAAUAGCUUUGAAGAUUGGUUCCAUCAACGACAGCCAACAGGAAGAAGGCCAGCAUGAAACACUUCGGAAAUUAGAGUUGCUGCUAAUCACAGAUUUAGCAGCACCUGACCGAACUUACCUGCGCCAUGAUAUGGUACAGAUAAUGAGCAAGAAAGACCAGUGCUGUAUAUGGAUGUUUAGUGAUCUGAUCAUAAUCAGCAGCACCAAACGGAAGAACGGACCUGUGACCAAGAAAGUUUCCAUCAUUCUACAAUCCCCAACAGGUCAAGAUUUUGCUGAGAAUAUAAAACACAAAAUUUGCUUAAGAGUUGGACUUGAUGAUAUUGAGGUUUUGAAAGACCCCAGUUCUUUGUCCCAACGAUCAACAAUUGAAAGAGAACAAAUUGAGGACGACAUGCAUUUGUUGAACCAAAUCUCCGAUAUUUCAAGUCGACUGAACUGUUCUAAACAGAAUCUAGAUGAAGCCAUCAAAGAGAUUGCCUCCAAUUUGACCAAACAACUCAGUGACUACCAGAACCGAAUCCAUUCGGCUGAUGCUAAUAAGUUAGAACUACAGAUCACUACGCAAGAGAAGGUUUUUAAUUUGAUUGUGGUUUUCUUGACGCCAGAAAAACGACUGUCUUGGGAAACAGUGUUUUUGGAUGCCAAACAUAAACUAUCUUUGCUAUCAGAUAAGCGAGCACCAGAGUUUUUGCUUCCGUUACAAAUCACCAAAACUAGGGCUGGAAUGCAGUUUUCCUGCGCAGCCUCUAUCGAUGGAGUCAAUGCUAAUGGUUAUCGUGAAGUUUGGGUUUGCAACAGUGAUGGCUACGUAGGUCACAUGUGCCUCCUGAGCCUCCAACCGGAGCCAAUCGUAACACUGAACACACCUGUACCUGGGUGUAAUGCCAGAAUCCUUUGUAUAUGUGCUGUACCUGCCUACUCAGGUGGCCGACGAAGCAGUAUGAAGAACCGACGGAAUCGUAAUGCAGAUUGUUCCAGUAGCAACAUGACUAGCAUUGACAGGCCUCGAAUUAACAUCGAAUCAGUGGAUACUUGCAUGGAGAGCAUCGGAGAAGAUGCUGGAUCACCCAGUGAGUCAGAGUCGAGUGAUGACGAUGUUUAUUCAAUGCCACACCACAUGGAGACAACUGAGAAACUGUGUGUUGAAGAUGUUGAAAGCUUGAGUAUUUCCACAACAUCAUCAUCAACAACAAGCAAUAUCCAAGAACAGAAUAUCUCCGGACGAUGGAUGCACGAUGCAUUAAAAAGCACGAUGUGGUUGGGCACAGAAGACGGAUGCAUUCACAUCUUUCUGUGCACUGAUAACAUCAAAACAACCAAAAACAAGUUGAAGAUCCAACAUGUAGCGCCUGUGUAUUGUAUAAUUUACCUUGACAACAAAGUGUUUGUAUCUUUGGCCAAUGGAGACCUGAUAGUCUACAGACGUGAUAUUGAUGGCCAAUGGGACACUGAACACCCAUACACAAGGACUCUCGGAUCAGUGACAUCCCCAAUCAAUAAAAUGCAUGCUGUUGCUGGCAAGUUAUGGUGUGGUUCUCAAAACAGCAUUUGCAUCGUCAACCCUCUGACCUUGAAGAUUGAGCAUCAGUUCAUUGUGAAUCCUGACCCUUCACGCUGUGUCCAGUGUAUUGUAUCCUCAGGCCAAGGAGUGUGGGUUGCCCCUCAACAAAGCGCCAAAGUAAACCUCUACCAUGCAACCACUUAUGAAUUUCUUCAUGAAAUCAACGUCACUGCUGCUGUCACACACAAACUGCAAUUGGCUGAUGACAUCAUCAGGCAACACAAGACGGCCUGCCUGCGAGUGACUGCUUUGUUAAUCUGCAAAGACUUGCUGUGGGUUGGAACCAGUGCUGGAGUGAUUCUCACCAUUCCUGUACCUAAAAUAACAUCCACCACAACACACAGUAACAUCAAUUGUCCAGCAGUUACAGGUUUAGUUUAUGGUCAUACUGGACAUGUACGAUUCUUGACCAGUGUGGAAUUACCCAACAGCUCUGGACAAAAAACUGAAUCCGUGACAGCUGGCAAUAGCUUCGGUUCCAGUAAUAACCAUCACCAACAGCAGCAGCAACAGAGUUACACCUCUAAUACUACUAUUACACCUACUACAAAUAUCACUACUACAGCCACGGUCACAAGCAGCUCCAUGAGUGAGAUGCCAGAAGAAGAACCCACAUCCCCUGUUGUUGAGGGUAACUUAUCCUUGCAGGAGAUUCAGCGACGGUCAUCCAUGGCCACCACCGCAACGAUGGCCACUCGCAUGCUGGUGAUUAGCGGCGGCGAUGGCUAUGAAGACUUCCGCAACAACGUUGCUAACGAAGCUGCUGGUCGUGACGACAGCACCAACCAUCUCCUGCUCUGGCAGGUCUGAGACAAUUUUCCCUGACUUUGCUCUUGUUUCCUGUUAAUUAUUGAACUAUUGAUUAAUCUGGCGAUUAAUCUCUGUUUCUCUCUAUAAUGAUGCCUCUUUCUCUCCUCCCCCCUUUCUCUCAAACUUGGUUCCUUACACCCAGAUGACCUGUGUGCACGCGCGCAUGCGUGUGUGUGUGUGUGUGUAUGUGUGCAAUGUAAGGAUGAAGGGGGUGAGCGUGGAGAACCCUUAAUUUUUGAGUCGACACAUGCGAGACGCUCUCCGCUGUAGAAUGGCGGAACCGAACAAAAGACGAACAACACAAACAUGAAACGACGAAAUUUGUAAACAUGAGCUUUGGUGUCCAAGAACAUUUUAAGAUAAUACAUGUAAUACAUAUGUACAUACAUAAGGACAUGCAUAUAUACAUACAUGCAUAUAUAUAUAAUGUGUGUGUGUGUGUAUACAGUGAAAUGAUAGCAAAUUUGAGGAAAUAUUUGGUGCUGCGUUGAAAGAUAUCAAUUUGGUUGUGACAUCUGAUCAGUGAAAAAUAUUAGUGAGUAUUAAUUGUUGAAUGAAUUAACUAAUUAAUAAUAUAUAUAUAUAUAUAUAUACAUAUAUAUAUAUAGAGUAUUUAUUGUUUAUUGUAUAUGUGUAUGUAUAUAUAUAUUAUGUACAUAUAUAGAUAUAUACAUACAUGUAAUUGCAGAUGAACGCUAAAAGUCACACAUUGACAUACAACAAUAUAUUAUCGUAAACAUUGCAUACAUACAUUACAUGCAUAUGUACACACACACAUAUAUACAUACAUACUCACACUAUGAAGUGUGCGUGCGUGCAUGUCUAUUUAAAGGAGGGUGAAGUAAAAGUGUUUCCUAUUUAAUAUCUAUUUUUUCUCAUCUAUAUAUAUAUGUGUGUGUAUAUAUAUAUAUAUAUAUAUAUAUAUAUAUACACACAUAUAUGUAUGUAUGUAUAUAUAUAUAUACAUACACAUACACACUUAUAUGUGUGUGUAUUUGUUUUGUGUAAAAUCAGAAUCUAUUCGAGGACUAUUCAACAUUAUGGGACGACUACGUUGAAAACAAUAUUUUUCUAUUAACAUGGUUAUUUUUAUACAAAUAAUAUAUGCAUAUAUAUCCAUGUGCAUAUGCAUACAAACAUUAUCAAGUAAAUAUAUAUAUAUUUUCUUCUUUAUAUAUAUAUAUAAUGUUGUUCUUCAUGAUUGUUGGAAUUAAAAAAUUUUUUUUCCAUUAUUCUAAAGAUAUUUCUGCCCCAUUCCUUCCUGACAAACUGCUUGGCCCCUGCCUCGCGCCCUGCUCUUCCCCCAAUCUGUCACAGCAUCUACAAACACAUACAAUUUCACAUACAAAAACUUCAUUUCAAGGAGAAAGCUUUCUUCUUUGUUUUUAAAAAUUGGUUAGCAAGCAGGAACCCUCGUUGCCAUUUUUUUUUUCUUUUGCUGCCAGUUAAUUUCUGAAGGUUUUUGGUUAUGAACAAACAUAACAAUGGGCAGUGCUGAAUCACACAUUAGUGUGGAAAGAGGAUUAUUUUUGUGUAGUUUUGUUUUUUGUGUUUUUUUUUCUAAAAAAAAUUUCUAUUUUUUUAAAUUCCAUUAUGGGAGGGAGAUUAGGAGUGGAUUCAUAACCUAAUUAUAUACACCCCACCUCUUCUUCUUCCUCCUAAUUAGCCCCUUCACCUCACCCCAUCGUCUUUCUGUCUUCAUUGUUCCCCCACCACCUCUUAAGUCAAUGACUCACACUCUGUCUGUCUGUCUCUCUCUCUCUCUUCUUUCAAGCAGCUGAAUGUUGCUUCUGGCUUGUGGUAACCCCCUUGCACUCGCCAGGACCCUAUUUCUCUCUAACAAAAAUAGACAAUGUGAUGCACCAGAAUGUUCUCUUUAUUCUUUUAGAAUGUUUAGAAUAUGUGUGUGUGUGUGUAUUAUAUAAUACUGUAUACAACAUCUAUCUGUCUAUCUAUCUACCUGCCUGUCUGUCUAUCCCUCUAUCUAUCAACAGGAUGACAGUUUGACUUGCUCUCUGUAUUCAUGUGUGUGCAAGGUAACCCUAUGUAAGGGUGGAAGUUCCAAGUGUUAUGUUGCCAUUCCCACCCAGUAACUGCACAAAGCUGCAUCACAUGUCACAAGACUGUUACAUGGUGUUACAAUAGCUAAACUAUUGGAAAUAACACCUUGUAUUGAGUACUUGCACACAUCACACUCCCACAGUCUCUAUGUACUCGUACACACAUUUCAGAACAAAAUAGAUUUACUUCCUAAAGUUUAUCUUUUUCUAAUCCAUGCUGUGUUUCAUAUAAUACACAAAUUCACACACAAACAAAUACAGAACCCACGGUCUUAUUCAGAUAUGUCCAAACCUGAAGAAAGAGAAACAGUGAAUGUCGGGGGUUUGUCUAGUGUUUUUCUAGUAUCUAACAUCUGAAAAUUUCCCAGGUUAUUCCUGUAAUCCUUUCUUCCAGUGGAAGAACAAAUGGAGAUUCUUAGGUUUCUCCUGAUUUGUGUGUUUAGGAUUGAAUUCUUGUCAGCUGAAUAAACUGAGGGCAUGAAACAAGCCAAAAAAAAAAUUUACAGAGAAAUAUUCAAUCUCUGACCCCCCUGCUGAAACUGAAAGACAAUGUCUGGAAUGAUGAGAGAAGUAGAGGAGACAGUGUGAUCAAACAAGGGGUGGGGAGUGUCUUCUCGGUUUAUUAUAUCUACUUAUCUAUAUCUAUUUAUCUACCUAUUUUAAUCUCUCUCUAUAUAUAUACUUAUAUCUAACUAUCUAUCUAGUUACCUAUCGGUCUAUCUAUUAUCUAUCUGUAUAUCUAUCUAGCCAUACUGGUUUUAUCUACCUGUCUAUCUUGAAGUGAAAGUAAAUAGUUAUAUGUAGAGAAAUACAUCAUUGUAGAGUUACUAAACUGAACUGUACACCUUAUACACUACAGUUCAACUAUUAAAAACUGAGUGGGUCAUACAUUACACACACAUACAUACAUACAUACACAAUGUUUUGUUUUCUUAUCUUCCCUGUUAGGGUCUGAUUGCUUUAUUUUUUCUUGGAUGUCUCCCUCUUAAUCCUAUCUGUUAAUUGCCAAAUUAUUCAAACAAGUGGAACCAUUUUUUGUCUUCUUUUCAUGGUCAAUUGAGGCCUAUGUCUGCACCGCAAUCGGACUGCUGAUUCCUCACCACUGAUGGAAGCUGGACUAUGGUGACCUUUUAUUAUUCAUAAAACAGACACAGUUUAGUUGUAAGUGUGAUAAUGUAAAGCAGUGAGCUUCUCUCUGGUUGAAAGCUUCAACAAUUUCCGCAAUGUGGCUGUUUUUCAUUGGACCUGAGAUUACUGCUGAGAUUAUUUUGUCUCUUCUAUAAGCAUCAGGCCAUAUAUUGUGGCUGUAAUAAUUUAUUAAUGAUAUUUUGUAAUUAAUCUGGAUAGAGUUAAAGCAUUCCUCUGCAGGUUUUAUGGAAAAAGACAUUUAGCUGUCAAUAAUAAUGUAUCUGUGUAGUAAUGUGUUUGUAUGUGUGAGUGUAUAUAUAUAUAUAUAUAUAUAUUUAUAAAUGUAUGUAUAUAGAUAUGUGUAUGUAUGAAUGUAUACAAAAGAUUUUCAGGGAUAAGUGAUGAUUGGCAGGUAUAGCCAAGUUGGUAAAUCCAGAAUUGCUCUUUGUGGGAUCAUAGCAGUCAUGAUGGUCACACAUGAAAUAAACCGUUUCUGUUGUUCUCAGGGAUUAAAUAUCUAUGAGAGUCUCUAAAACAUUGUUCAUUGCUGUUUCUUGAAAUUACCAGAUAACAUUGGAGCAAUGUCCUCUGUUGUGGAGAUGGCUUCAUUCUAUCGUUCAUGUUACAUCUUCACACAUUGGACAGUAUAUCUGUCUGUGUAUAAAGUACUCGACAUCACCUGCUUGAGACUUUACAUUGAUUUCUGGAGGAAUAACUGCAUCAGUUAGGUUCUUAGUUCUCAGUAAGAAAAGCCCAUGAUUAACAGCCAUUUGUGGACUGGACUCGAACCAGUCCAUUUAUAUUGGGAAAGCCAUCAAUGCUGGAGCUUCCUCGUUUCUAAUUGCAAUUCUAAGGUUUUUCAAUACCUGUAGAAGCAAACACUCAUAUUGCUCAUUAUUAUUAUUUUGCAUUUUAUUUCAUCUGCCGUUCAGGUCUCAACCAGAGACCCCAAGACACAUAUAUAUAUUAGACGGAAAUAAAACUUCCUGAGAAUGAGGGCGGUUGAUGUCAACACAAUUUUUUGAGUCUUGUAUUAUUACUAGAAUUAUUUUUAACAACAACAACAACAAUAAUAAUAGCAAUAACAUUAAAUCAUCGUAUCAUAUAAUAUAAUAAUUGGCCAUGCUACUAUUGUCCAGUCUCCAUACAGUGAGUGUGGCCAUCAGCCAACCACAGUUGAUGUUUAAAGGCCGGAUGAUGAUGUUGUGUGCAUAUGCAUAUAUAUUGCAUGUUAUAUGCAAUGACCUCAAAUUGACCUUGAUUCAUGGCAGUCAUAGAAUUCAGAACAUUUAUUUUUAUUAUCAUUUACUAUUAAAAAAUCAAGAAAAAAAAUUAUUUCCUUCCCCCCCCCCAAUUUUUUGGGUGGGGCUAAAGAGAAAAUAAAUUAGACACAUAUAGAAUGUUUGGCUAUUUUUCAACCGGAAUGAAGAUUAUCUUGAAGGAAAUUCCACCUUGAUUGGGUUCCCUUGGCAACCAUUCCACCAUACCCUGUCACACAAAUAUAUUUUCAUGCUGGCUUAUG